UUAUUUGGCGAUCCAAACGGAGCCUUAAUUGUGUUUUUGGUUUUCCAGUUUGUUGUCCUUCUUCUUCUCGCAUCGCAAAGCAAAACCCUAACCUGCCUCCCCUCCACCUCCAUUCAAGACCUUUCCUUUCUUUCUCGAUCCUCCGACGUCGGUUUUCAAAGCCCUGAUUGGCUCGCCGAAGGACACAAAUCUGAAGAUUUUGAUCCCAUUCUCAUCAAUACCAGCUAUGGCUGCAAAGAUUCUUGCCAAUUUGAUUGUAAUGGGCUCUGGAAUUUUGGCUAGGGCUUUUGUUCAGGCAUACCGUCAAGCACUUGCAAAUGCCUCAAAAUCUGGUGUUGCUCAAGAGACAAUACAGAAUACAGUCCGUAGAGCAAGCAAAAUCAUGACGGAGCAAGAGGCAAGGCAAAUUCUUGGCGUCUCUGAGCAGUCCACAUGGGAAGAGAUUGCAAAGAAAUAUGAUAAUCUAUUUGAAAACAAUGCUAAGAAUGGAAGCUUUUACCUACAAUCGAAAGUUCACAAGGCUAAGGAAUGUUUGGAACCUCUGUAUCAAUGCAAAGAUCAGGGUACUACUGCUGGUUGAGAAUACACACUCUUGUUCUUGUAUAGUUGAUCUACUAAUUGGUGAUAUGAAAGAUGAACUCUUGUUGGUUUGUCUUGUGUGUUUUAAGUUUAAAUAUUUGUCGACUUUGUGUCACAUUUUAUGGUUAAUUGCAAGCUGUCCGUAGAGUUAGAACCAUGCUCAAUUUUGAUGGAAAAACUAGCUAUUUACAGAGGUGGAUUGUUUUGUUUGUCAAAAGUGGGCAAUGCCAGUGUAAUGAUGAGUAUUAUUAGAACAUUAUGUCGUACAUGGUGUAAUCGUGAAUGAUUUUGAGAUGUUUGAUAAAUUAA